GUUUUUAAACAUCACCCGGAAGUACAGUACUUCGUCGAUGUCAAUGAUUUGUUUGUUGUCAGUAAAAUCACCGAUAGAUGAGUAGAAUAUCUUUGGUAAAAGUAAUUGCAUGUGCAAAUGUUGGCUAUCUAUAGAAAACGGGUUUAGUUUGCUAGCUAACUAGUAUAGUAUUAGCUAGCUUGCAUGCAGAUAUCAACCUUUUUAGCCACGUUGUAAGCGCUUAGUGUAUAUUCUAGGCUUGGUCACUAUCUAACCUUAGCUAGCUAAAGAGUUUGAUGCUAACAGUAGCUUGUUCCAGUGGCUAUUUUUCUUUGCAAACUAGCUAUGGAUAACAUUAUUGAUCCAGCAUCAGAACAAGGUCUCCCUUCUUUCUCCUUGCGUCUCCUGGUUCCACCUCUACGCCUGAUGUCUGCUUUCAUGUGGCAAGUGGCUCAACAACGUAAUGUGAUGCAGUAUGGGAAGCUGGAGGAGUUUGUGACUUUGGUGACAGAGAUGGUUCCAGAGCUGCUGAGCUCCAGGCAGAGGACCCAACUCAUCCUGGGUCUGAGAGCAAGGAUGGUUUUAGAGUUGUGUUGUAGUGUGGGCACAGCUGACCUCCUGACUAUCCAGGCCCACUUGAACAUAAUCCACACUUUGACAGAAAAAUCCUUACACAAAGAGAGUCAUGGUGAUGAAUUGGAGGCUUCAGAUUCUAACUUUGUGGAGCUAGUCCAAACCCUGCUGGAACACCCUUCUGAGAGGGAGCAUUUCUUCCAGGAGGUGUUCCCAGUCCACUAUGGCCCUCUGUAUGACACAGCGCUGCAGACACUGGUGUGGGAGUUCCUCUCCAGACUGGAGGAGCUGCUGCCUGUACCAGACCUCACGCAGACAACAGCAUGGCUCGGUGCUGCCCCCUCUGUCCUGGAGGAAUGUGGACAGACUGUCUUUGACCCUGAACAACUGAAGACAGUGCUGCAGCACCAUCAGCGUCAUGGAAACAUGAACAAGAGUCAUGUCUCGAAAUACACUGCAGAUACCAUCCUGUCCACACUGUCCCUCCCUCCAAAAAUGAGAGUUGUUAUUAACUAUGAGCCAGACAACUCUGACAAUGGGAGGCAAUACUCAGAUGAAUGCAUAGAUAAUGGGGUCUGUGAAAAUGAAGACCACAAUGAAAUCCUGGAUGAAAGCACUGAUAGAUGUUUGGAGGAUCUAGGACUGUCAACAUCAGAGCAACAGCAACAGGAGGGUCUGCCACCUGCAGAGACCUCAGUGUUGGUUACUCCAGUACCCUGUGAUGAAUUGAACUUGGAUCAUUCUCUCAACGUAAUGGUGAAUGCUGACGAGCCAUUCCAGGUUCUUAACUGCACUCUACCUCCAUUCUCUCACAGUGAAGUGGCCAACCUCUGCAAGGACAUCAAGACCGACCAAGUAGAAAAGGACAGCAAGCGGGUUGACAAGAAAAAAAAGGUGGUCAGAAAGGGGGACAAAAAGAAUGAGAUCAAACAGGUUGACAAGACAACAAAGGUGGUCAGAAAGGGGGACAAAAAGAAUGAGAUCAAACAGGUUGACAAGAAAACAAAGGUGGUCAGAAAGGGGGACAAAAAGAAUGAGAUCAAACAGGUUGACAAGACAACAAAGGUGGUCAGAAAGGGGGACAAAAAGAAUGAGAUCAAACAGGUUGACAAGAAAACAAAGGUGGUCAGAAAGGGGGACAAAAAGGUUGACAAGAAACAAGAGGGAUCCCCUGUACCCCAAAACAGGACUCAUACAUGUGAGUGUGGGAAGGUUUUCAAAAAACCAUCACUGCUGACGCUACAUAUGGGAGUUCACACGAUGCCAUAUCAUUGUGACCAGUGUCCCAAACGAUAUGCUACUCCUGGGGCUCUGAAAAAACACCAGUUACUUCACACAGAAGAAAGACCAUUCGCAUGUGAACACUGUGACCGGAGGUACAGGAGUGCAUAUGAUCUCAAAGUGCACGAACGCAUUCACUCUGGGGAGCGCCGUCACAUGUGUACCAUCUGUGGUAAGAGGUUUACCCAGCAGUGUGCACUAGUGAGACACAUGCGAAUGCAUGCUGGGGAGAAGAAUUAUUUAUGUAGCAUAUGUGGUAAGGCAUUCCUUACCUUAGGAGAACUGCGUCUGCAUACACGAACGCACACAGGAGAAAACCCCCACACCUGUAAACAUUGUGGAAAGGGUUUCAAAGCAUCUUGCCAUCUUAUGGUUCAUCUGCGAUCUCAUACAGGCGAGCGUCCUUACACCUGCACCCAAUGCCCCAAGUCUUUCACUACUUCAGACGCUCUUAGAAAGCACGUAUAUACUCACACUGGGGAGAAACCUCACCAGUGCUCAGAGUGUGGGAAAACAUUUUCUCAAAGGGGUAAUAUGGUAAAUCAUAUGAGAAGAGUUCAUAAACCAGUUAAGAUUCUCCAAAAGCACUCCAACAGAAAGACAGACAAAGUCUCAUAAAAAGAUCGAAGAGAUCGAAAGAAACCAUGUAGGAGUUAAUUCCAAUGUAAAUACUAGUACUAUACACUUGAUUUUACAGGUCCUCUUUUGUAUAUCAGAUUAUCAUACCAAAACAUGUUUUUCAAUACAUUUCUUCAGAUUUGUCAUGUCUACACAUGAUAUUCGAGACUACAAAUAAUUAUAAUGAUUUUAGAAGCGGGAUUAUGAUUGACCCAAUUUAAACGGUUUAAAAACAUCUUAGGGCUGAGAUCCUGUUAAUGGGAUCGAUAUGACAACAGCCAGUGAAAGUGCAGGGCGCCAAAUUCAAACAGAAAUCUCAUAGUUAAAAUUCCUCAAACAUACAAGUAUCUUAUACCAUUUUAAAGAUAAUCUUCUUGUUAAUCCCACCACAGUGGGCUUUACAAAUAGGCUUUACAGCGAAAGCACCACAAACGAUUAUGUUAGGUCAGAAUCAAGUCACAGAAAAACAGAAAUUUUCCAGCCAAAAAGUAGAGUCACAAAAAUCAGAAAGAGAGAAUUAAUCACUAACCUUUGAUCUUCAUCAGAUGACACUCAUAGGACUUCAUGUUACACAAUACAUGUAUGUUUUGUUUGAUAAAGUUCAUAUUUAUAUAAAAAAAUUCUCAGUAUACAUUGGUGCGUUAUGUUCAGUAGUUCCAAAAACAUCCAAUGAUUUUGCAGAGAGCCACAUCAAUUUACAGAAAUACUCAUUAUAAAUGUUGAUGAAAAUACAAGUAUUAUACAUGGAACUUUAGACAAACUUCUCCUUAAUGCAACCGCUGUGUCAGAUUUCAAAAAAUCUUUACGGAAAAAGCAAACCAUGCAAUAAUCUGAGUACGGCAAUCAGAGACCCAACAUGCCAAAAAGACAUCCGCCACAUUGUGCAGUCAACAGAAGUCAGAAAUAACAUUAUAAAUAUUAACUUACCUUUGAUGAUCUUCAUCAGAAUGCACUCCCAGGAAUCCCAGUUCCACAAUAAAUGUUUGUUUUGUUCGAUAAUGUCCAUCUAUGUUAAAAUAGCUACUUUUGUUAGAGUGUUUUGUAAAGUCACGAAGCGCAUUCACUAGGGGCAGACGAAAUGUCAAAAAGUUCCGCUACAGUCCGUAGAAACCAGUCCACAUAAAUCUUCAAUAAUCUUCAAUAAUGUUCCAACCGGAGAAUCCUUUGUCUGUAGAAAAGCAAUGGAACGGGAGCUACCUCUCACAUGAACAAGCGUCACGAGUUUGUGGCACUCUGCCAGACCACUGACUCAGAGCCCUUAUGAACCCCUCAUUUACAGUAGAAGCCUCAAACAAGUUUCUAAAGACGGUUGGCAUCUAGUGGACGCCUUAGGAAGUGCAACAGGACCAAUAUCCCACUAUCUUCAAUUGGGAAUGAGUUGAAAAUCAACCAACCUCACAUUUCCCACUUACUGGUUGGAUUUUUUCUCAGUUUUUUGCCUGCCAUAUGAGUUCUGUUAUACUCACAGACAUCAUUCAAACAGUUUUAGAAACUUCAGAGUGUUUUAUAUCCAAAUAUACUAAUAAUAUGCAUAUAUUAGCAACUGGGACUGAGUAGCAGGCACUUCACUCUGGACACCUUAUUCAUCCAAGCUACUCAAUACUGCCCCCAGCCAUAAGAAGUUAAACCUCCAGAUUCCUUUACACUUGUAAAAUAUGGAGAAACAAUGCAUCCCCAACUACCUCCAGAGGUUUUCAGGAAGAUUUGAUCGCAUUCGGUUCAUGAUGUCUUUUUAAUUGCCUACACUUCUAAAAAUGUGGGCACAAUCAGAAUGUUGAAGAUCAGAACGUAUGUUAGAUCAAGGUAUAAACGGGCUUGAUUCAAUCUGUAUUGCAGAAUGAUCACAGAAGAUACGCAUUAUAGCUCGAUUAAAAUUUAAAGGCAAAGUUACUGUGUUUGCGGAGACUGCUUUCAUGGAAAAUGCUGCAUAUGUCGACUCAAUCGGAAAUAACCUUUACAUUUGAGCACAGAUCUUCUGUGAUACAGAUUGAAUCCAGCCAGUCUAUACAUUUCUCUCCCAGAUUUGCAAAACCAGUGGUGCAAAGUUUGAGGUCCAGGGUUCAAAUCCAUCUUUUCUUGUUUGUUGGGUUAUUGAGAUAUACAAUAUGACUCAACAAAUCUACCAAUCCAAGUGGUGCAUUAGGAUUGUUCCAAGGCACAAAAUCAUGUUUGGACAGACAAAAUUGUAUCUUCUAAUCCUCUGUUCCUUAUUUCUUUACAUUAGGUAAUAUCAUUCAUUGAAUGAGUCAGCUGUGCCAUAAUAUUAGUGCUGCAGGACAACAAAACAAUUUCUUGCAGUCACAAGGACAAACUUUCAACACUGGUUUAAAUGUAUGAAGCAUUUCAUAUUACAAUGAUGUCAUAGACGUGGCAAAGUCAUUUCUCUCAGAUAUUUGUGGGGAAAAGUAGAACAUGACAUUCUCAUACAUGACAGCUCCGUCUGACAUGUUGGCAAAGUUUUCUCAUUUCACACUACUGAAACAAUUUCAGAAAAAUCUGGAGAUUGGUGUCGAAAUCCUCUUGCGCUUUUUGAGGUGGAACGACCCUGCAUCUUUGGGCAUUUAGUGGUAAGUUGUGUCUAAUAACCACCAAAAGAUGGGGCACUUUUUAGGGUUUAAAAACCCUAUUUGUUUACGGUUUGCAUUUCGAUGUCCUCUGACCUAUUCUGACAUAUAUGUUGGCAAAGUUUUCUCAUUUACCAUUUACCAAUCAUUUACACUUUGGGCUGGUUUCCCGGACUCAUCGUUAGCCUAGUCCUAGACUAAAAACUGUGUUCACGGGAGAUUCUCCAUUGAACGUUCUUCUCAAUCCAAAACUAGGUUUAAGGCUGGAUUUAAUCCGUAUCGCUGAAGAGCUGCACCACAGAGUUUCUAAACCCAGAGACUUCCGGGAAUGCUUGUGAAACAGACCUAGCAAACCAGGCUGGGGUUUGAGAAGUCAAUGAGAGAAGUGAAAAAUUAUGAAUUCGUUGUUCUCAAUUUAAAGGCACAACAUAGCUUCGAGACAAUAUCUUAAGUAGUUGAACAUGUUAAUACUCCAACAUCGUGAAAGUGACACGUUUACAUUUGUGUGCCUUUGAAUUGAGGCCUGCACAUGCGCAGUACGGUGCGAGACGACCGUUAGACCUGAUGACGUGUUUCUGCACAGAGCUUAGCUAGCCAAUGUCGCCAUGACAUCGCCAACAAGUAUGGUCAGGGAUUUCUUUUGGAGAAGCAGUUUGCACCUACGUUACGGUCUUUGGCUGCACAAUAGAAAUGUAAAGGCAAUGUUCCCGCGUUUGUGGAGACCGCAUUCAUGGUAAACGCUGCAUAUGUCGGCCCAAUCAGAAAUGAUAAACAUUUAAACUGCACUAGAGCGCUACAGAUUGAAUCCAGCCCUUCAUCUGUGUCUGAAAAACCGUUGAUUUCAGACAUGUUUACAAAGAUGGGCCCUUAAAAGACUUCUAAGAAAACCAUACUCCGUUGGUGCAACAUUUAAGAACUGUCCUAAUAAAUCUAAUCUACGCAUCUAUUUUUACCCCAAGAGAUUUCAGUGCAGAGUCAUUCUAGCGAGCAAUGACACCCACCAUCGCAGAUUGUUCAGAAAUAGUUUUUUUUAGAAACAGUUAAAAUCGGCAUUCCUAAAACAUUACUUUGUUGAAAUGUAAUUUUAUCUCUGAAAAAUUCAGCUAAUUGAUUGCACCCAAAUUGGCCAUUUAAAUGUAUAGGAUUAUGAUAAAAUUCAAUAAACAAAGUACCCAACAUCCAGUUUGGUCCAGACGUUGGGUACUUUGUUUAUUGAAUAUUACCUGAAUCUUAUGAAUUAAAAUGGACAAUAGGGGGUCAUUAUCUUAAUUUCUCAGAUUAAAUUCUAUUUCAACAAAAUAAUGUUUCAGGAAUGCUAAUCGUAUCAGUUACUCACUACUGAAACAAUUUCAGAAAAAUCUGGAGAUUGGUGUCGAAAUCCUCUUGCGCUUUUUGAGGUGGAACGACCCUGCAUCUUUGGGCAUUUAGUGGUAAGUUGUGUCUAAUAACCACCAAAAGAUGGGGCACUUUUUAGGGUUUAAAAACCCUAUUUGUUUACGGUUUGCAUUUCGAUGUCCUCUGACCUAUUCUGACAUAUGUGUGAAUGCACUGGUCUGGGACCAAGACAUGCCACUGUAGAAGACAGCCAUGCAGUCAGUAACAUACACUGUGAUAAACAUUAUACUUCCAUACUUAUAACUCCACUAUCAUCGUAAGCCUCUGGUCAUUUCAACAAUACAAAAACGUCAAUGAAACUAAGCCAUCAGUGCAUGCACCAAGCUGUCUACAGAGUAGUAGGAUAAAACAAAAGUUAAUUCAUAUUACGUACAACUAUUGUCUUUGUCAGCAUUAUGCAUUCUUUUAAAUAUUGUAAAAAUAUUCCAAUACUAUGUAGUGAUUAUUUACAAUUCAGUAAGGCAUGCUAGUCUCCGCUGUGUAAGUUGUUAAGAGCUAUUGUUCUUGUGUUAGUGGUUUACAUUUCGGCGACACAACUCAACCCUUCUUCAUGAUCCAAACUAGGACAUCAAUAAUACUUAAUGGAACGAGCUUUAUGUCAGCCUGUUGACCUUGACGUGUGUCCACCGGCUUAGCUGUUGGUGGGGUUCCCUGGUAUCAACUAGUCCACAACCAAAUAACAACCUUUUAUCUCACACAGUCCUCUCCACCGGCUUUGCUGUUGGUGGGUUCCCUGGUAUCAACUAGUCCACAACCAAAUAACUUUUUAUCUCACACAGUCCUCUCCACGAGGCUGAAGAGCCACAGAGUGGAGUUCGAUCUAUUGACAGAUACAGUCCAAUAACAAUUCUCACCAUUACAAAUGCAUCACUUUUAAAGUGGAGGCAGAUACAGUGGCCCCUGUAAAGGUAUUUACAGAGCAUGUUCUGUUUUAACAAAUUAAGUACAUUCAGGUUGACCACUACCAAUCACAUUGUCUAACUUGCUUUGGUUCAUGUGAGACAUCUUUUUAACUUCAUAAACAUGAUUAGCCAUGUAAGACAGACAAACCCACAAUUCUUCAAGAGGUUACAAAUGAGAAAAGAAAACCAAGUACAAAUUCUACAGGCCCUUCCAAAGUAAAAGUGCAAUGGUAAACUUACAGCAUACUAAAAGAUUCCAACGAUGAAAGUGAGUAACCACAUAAAUUGCAUAAUGUAACAUUUUUGCAUGUAUAAUCAAUAUGAAAUGACCAACAUUAAGAUCCUAGCUAAAUGUUUUGUGAGAUGUAUUCUGCCACCCAGUGGCAGACCAGAUUCUACAGCUAUUGACAUCAGUCACACAAAAAACAUCACAAAACUGAUCAACAAUUAGUCACUAGACUGCUGUGUUGACAAUAAAUGGUGCAUCAGAUCUCUGGA